UCGAGUACAUUGUGUACAGUCCAUUGGCAGCCAGAUGACAUUGUCAGUCUUUACAGGGUGCGUUUGUUUUGCUGACCUUGGAAGUAGCCGACUUGACAAACCGAAAAAUUUCGCUCGAACGAGGCGUGCAAUCACAAUGAAUGAUCGUGUAAUACUCGAGUAGAUUACGUGGUUACUUUUAAAAGUUAUUAGCCAUGUUACUUACGGUUUUGUUACUUUGGUUAGAUGGUUGUUUUUACAUGCCGGAGUUCGGAUGGGUUCGGCUUCGUCUUUUUUCCCCCAACUUUAGUGAGAAAAAAAACUGAAUAAGUACCUUUUACUUGCCGCAAAGUAUUUGUUUUGAUACAAGCACCUGUAGUUUUACUCAAGUUUAGCUCUGGAAGUGCGUCGCCGCUCUUUACAGUAAGUACAAUGAGUGUCCUGUCGCGAUACGCCGCUGUGUACGGAACUAAAUCGAGCGCAUCCUGAAUCUGGUAGAAGACCGCCCCCGCGGUCAACUCCCCCGUUACGUCAUCAAGAUCCUCCCCCAGUGCAGGGAGUGCGCGUGGGGGAGGUUCAGCGCGUGCAUGCGCCCUGUGCGUGGUUGACGCUCGCUUGUGUCCGCUUGGACAACACUUGAGGCGAGCCGGAUCCGCGACGCGGUGGAUGUCGACUAGUGGGGAGGGCCUGCAGGGGGGCUCGCGGGGGGCGUGCACGCAGCCACGAAUGAGCGCGUGCGCACGUUCGGAGGUCUUCGAGGAAAGCCGAUCGCGGAGCCUCUCGCACGCCGCUUGUGACUCGUCGGCGUCCCGCGUUGGGAUGGACUGUCAACUGACGUCGCUCUCCAUGGUUUUCGAAAGAGAGAUGGACGGCAUCGCCGUCAGCAUGCAGAAGAAGGCGGCGGAGCUGGAGCGGCUGGCCGAGGUUCUCGUCACCGGGGAGCAGCUCAGGUUGCGGCUCCACGAAGGAAAGGUCAUCAAGGAUCGACGUCAUCACUUGCGGACGUACCCAAACUGCUUCGUGGGCAAAGAGCUCGUCGACUGGCUGAUUGAGCACAAGGAGGCUUCGGAGCGAGAGACGGCCGUCAAGAUCAUGCAAAAGCUUCUCGACCAGAGCAUCAUCCACCACGUGUGCGACGAGCACCGCGAGUUCAAAGACAUGAAGCUGCUGUACCGCUUCCGGAAGGACGACGGCACCUUCCCACUGGACAACGAGGCCAAGGUCUUCAUGAGGGGGCAGAGGAUCUAUGACAAGUUGAUGAACGGCGACAACAGCAUCGUGCAGAGCAGGGAAGAGGAAGGCGGGAACUUUGAGCGCACUUUGGUGGCCUCCGAGUUCAUUGAUUGGCUCAUCCAGGAAGGGGAGAUGGCGACCCGCGAGGAGGCGGAGCAACUGGGGCGGCGCCUCCUCGAGCACGGCAUCAUCCAGCACGUCACGAACAAGCAUCACUUUGUGGACGGGCCCCUCCUCUUCCAGUUCAGGAUGAACUUUCGGCGGAGGCGGCGGCUAAUGGAGCUGCUCCACGAGCGGGGUCGCGGCAUCCCCGAGAGCCACGACAGCCCCUUCUGCCUCCGCAAGCAGAACUCGGACGGGGGCAACACCAGCUUUCUCUCAGUGAGCCCCACGAAGGAGAUCAAGAUGGCGGUCGGCGUCCGCCGCAGCAGCAUGAGCAGCAGCUGCGGCAGCAGCGGUUACUACAGCAGCAGCCCCACGCUCAGCAGCAGCCCGCCGGUCCUCUGCAACCCCAAAUCCGUUCUGAAGAGACACGUGAGUCCAGAGGAGCUCCAGACUCCAGGAGGACCUUUCCUAAAGAAGACAUUCACUAUCGUGGGCGACGCCGUGGGAUGGGGCUUCGUGGUGCGAGGAAGCAAACCCUGUCACAUCCAGGCGGUGGACCCCGGGGGACCCGCAGCCGCCGCCGGCAUGAAGGUUUGCCAGUUUGUGGUGUCAGUAAACGGACUGAACGUCCUCGCUCAGGACUACAGAACUGUGAGCAACCUGAUCCUUACCGGGCCCCGGACCAUCGUCAUGGAAGUGAUGGAGGAGAUUUGAUCGCCGACCGCUCGACGCCAAUCUGAGACGCGCGGCGGGAACUUCUGCGGGAAGUCCGGAUGGAGAAACGGGACGAAGGUUACGCCUGCUGCCUUCUUCCUGUUGCUUGCACCACCCCCACCCCCCACCCCCCACGAGCGCAAACGUCGCAGUCUUCAGGUUUCCUCUCCUCUACUUUUCAAAAGCGUACGUGCGUGCGCAGGAAGGACCGGCCCAAAUUUCAAGGUGACGAUUCGGAGAUGAAUUAGUUGCAUCUGCAAGACGACCGUCGGCGCGCAUCCAGAGGCCUUUGCCUGAAUUAGUCAAUGGCAGCUGUGGAGGCCCCCGCUGAUGCCCCCUGGAUAAUAUUUACUGGCAUUUUUAGAUGACACCUGUAUAUAUAUAUAUAUAUAUAUAUAUAAAAAAAUAGGUAACGCGAAUAUGUGAAUUGAGUCAAAGAAAGUAAAGUUUUACACAAAAUGAGGGUUGACAACAUCUAUGCCGGCUGAUGCUGGAUCAGGACCACAACGAUAAACUCAAGAGAGAUGACCGAGGCGACAACUAAAAUCCCUUCAAAGGACGAUUAAAGGCAAAUUCAAGGCACAAAGUAUCCCUAAAUGAUGCUAAAUCAUUUUCAAAAGUACACUGGAUAGUGAUAACCUUUAUUAAAAUUUAAGCCUUUAAGGCCUGAUAAUACAGUUUCUGGAAAAAAAUUGUGACAAUCACGGCAAACGUCAAACAACGAAUGGAGGCAUUGUGUUGAAUUUUUUUUUUUUUUAAAUCAGUGUAAUACAAAUUACGAAGACUGAAAUGAUUCAGCGGCUCAAACUAUUUACCUUCAUUUCCGUAUGUAAAGUCGGAAAUGAAAUGUUUAAUGAUGAGCACAGAAAUAGCUGAUGUGGUUUAUCGUCGGAAUUUUUAACGAUGCAUCCUAGACAUCGGCAAUUCAAGAGAAUUACAGAGCGCACCUGGUUAUAAGCCUCACCAAGUACGUUUGUAAAGGAAAUACCAUUUGGUACACAGAAACGCCGCAGCUGUGUAAAAGCCGCAGGUGCCCACGUUGAAACCCAGAUUGAAACGGAAGAUAUUUGCAAAAACAACAAAAAAAAAAAAAAAAACGGUCCACAGAGUUUAACGUUAGCGCGAAUCUAACGCUAGCGCCAAUGACAGCACAGCGCUAACGCAAGUGAGAAUGCUAACAGGGCCGGUUAAAAUAGAACUUAACGGUAAAUAUCACUGAGACACGCCAGUAACACAGCAACAACACGCUAGCACAGCGCUAACACUAGCGCAGCACUAACGUGAAGCUAACAUGGUCACCAACCUUUUUGGGGCUGAGGGCUACUUCCUGAGCACCGAUCAUAUGAAGGACCACAUGACCUGUUUGCGGCCAACCUCAGAGUUCAUUAUAUGUACAUAAAGUAUUUUCCUUUUAAUUUUUGGUAUUAUAUGACAUUACAGGUAUUUUAAAAAUUUUAUUAACGUAACCAAGUCAGAUUCAAAAUUUAAAGCACAAAUAGCAGUUGGUGCCCUGUGGUAUUUUUAGAAAAUCCCUCGCGGGAGCCUUAAAAGGUCCUCGUGGGGUACCAUGCGCCCGCAGGCACCGCGUUGGUGACCUCCGCGUUAGUGCUAACGCUAGCACCACACUAGCGCUAACACAAAAACUUAUCGGUAAAUACAGUAUCACUGAGACACGCCGGUAACACAGCAGCAACAUGCUCGCACAGCGCUAACGCUAGCGCAGCGCUAACAGGGCCCGUAAAAGUCACUUCCUCGGCACAUAUAUUCCACCGGUCUCAUGCUUACCUUUUCCGCUCGAAUGGCCCCUUGCGGUCGUUACAAAAAAAUGCACAAAUUAUCCGCAUCACCGCAUAAACCGCAGGGUUGAAAGCGUGUGAAAAGGUAGGCCGGAACUGACGGUAUUAUCCGAGCACUUAAACACCCCCCAAAAUGAAGCACUUAUGAGACACAUUGCUACAUUUAUACGUUCACAAUGUGGUAUGAUGGCUGUAAAGUUGUACUCUCUGUCUUAAAAACAAAAAAAACGCAAUUGAGCCUUUGUAUGUGGAGACUAAUACAUACUGUAUAUUCGUCUUUCAAAUUAGAUGUAACCAGUAUAAAGGAAAUGUGAUUUUUCUGGGGGCACAUAAACUCCCAUGAUGGUUUCCUGUGCAGACAUACAGUAGCAACACACACACCGUCCACGUUAGAUAUGAACUCAGAUUUCAUUUUACUGCAUCAAAUAUGUGGAAAAACUCGUCAUUGUGAUGCUGUGCAGUUUUCCACUAUACCGCCGACCGCAGCCGGAGUCAUAAGCGUUUUGUUCAAUUUCGUGUCGUGAAGUCAUCAUAAUAAUUGAUCAGAAGAGAGCGAUAAACUUUGCCAGGAAAUAUCGUCGUAUCAGCCGUAGUAUCGCAUUAUUAUUAUUAUUAUUAUUAUUAUAGGCCACUGGUUGUUCUUAGAGAUGUGACAAUCGCGGGAAGUUCAAACAGUUGUGGCCUCAUCACUUCUUAACCAAAGACAACUGCUGUUCAUUCCAAAUGUUUUUGUUUUUAAAUACAAUAAAUGUAAAUAUUGUCGUGUAUAUACAUCCUGAUUUGAUGCCUUACUAUAUCAGGCUGUAUUUAAGGAGUGUUUAAAACAUUUUUUCAGUGAAACUAUCACGUGGUUACUCCCCCCCCCCCCCCCCACACACAUUUAACAACAAACCGCAUUUUUGUUCAAAGAUAUCACAUUUGAUAUUUAUGGUUGUAUGCUGUUUUAUCAGCUCAAUACUCACUUUUAAGGCAGUGUCUGUAAAAUCAAACAAUUGAAAAAAAAAAUGGAAAUGCACAUAAUUUAAAAUAUGUCCAAUCAGGCUAUCGUCGGCUUCACUGAUUUGAUGGUGAACGGACGAAGGAUGAAUUGAUUGAUUUUGAAAGGACAAUCCGGGUUGUACAGACGUCUGCAAUCGCAGCUGACGGGCCAAUGAAUGUAUUUGUCCUCAUAACAGAAUGUUGACAUAAUUAUUUCGUCUGAAAAAGGGACUGUGAUAUUUUCAGCAGUUGUAUUCUGCUUGUUUUUGGCAUUUGUGCUUUUAAAAAUCAACAUUAAGCUCGGUCUCUAAUACAGAUAUUUUCCUGUCAGACGUUGAUUAAGUGUUUAAUAAAUGCAUUCUGUUAAUGUGCGAGUUGUUCGCUCCUCAAUACUUUUGGGCAUUUAGUGUGUCUGGCGUCCAAAUAUUGUUUUUUUUUUUUGGGGGGGGGGGGGGGAGGCGAGCUACAGUACAAAUAGUAAAAAGAUAUGAAUUACUACAUUUUAUUGAAAACGUGGAUUUUUUUCAUUUUAAGGCCUCAGAGUUAGCGUAGUGCAAGAUUUCAUGAUGACAGAAAUGUCAGGAAAUAUUGUAAUAAUAAAAGAAAAUAUAUUUUCUUGGGAAAAAAGAAACAUAUUUUGAAGGAAAGUGUGCACAUUUGUAGAUGUUUUUUUAUUAUAUUAUUUAUAAACAAAAAUGA